AUGGGGAACGAGGCCAGCAUGGAGGGGGAGGGACAGGCGGGCCAGGCCGGCCCCGCCGUCCCUGCAGCGGGGGCUCCGGCUUCCAUUUCAGCACCACCGGACUCUGGACAGCUCAUCAAGCCCAGCAACGGAGCACCGGCCGGAGGAAGUGGGGCUGCUCCCGGGCCGGGGAUUAACAGGAAGAAUCUGCAGGUGGAUUUGGGUAGCAGCAGGACAGGAAGAUCCCCUUCUGUGUCCCCAGACCGAGGCAGCGUCCCCACCUCCCCUUACUCUGUGCCUCAAAUCGCUCCCAUGCCCAGCAGCAAACUGUGCCCUGUCUGCAAAACCACUGACCUGAUGGGCAACGGGGACGACAAGCCCACCUCCAACACCUGCACACAGUGUCGCUCCAUGGUGUGCUCCCAGUGUGGCUUUAACCCCAACCCUCAUCUCACAGAGGUAGAGUGGAUGGUGGCUGUAGUGGCUGAGCUGGCUCACAAACUGGAGUGGACAAGCAACAGAUGA